GAAUCAAAUGUGUUAAAUGGCAUCUGACUCAAAGCGUAGCAUGUCAGCAGCGGCAGUUGAGUUAACCACUGGCUGCUGAAAGGUAGCCCAAGCCGCUCCACAACAGAGCAUCCAGCACCCAACGCAUCCAAGCAACGCCCAGUCAACAUCCCGAGCGUGUCCCCUGAGCGUGUAUAUAACGCGCUCAGUAUGAACUCCUGCAGUGACAGCAGCAACGAUUCGAUGGAACCAAACGUGAAUCAUUUAACUGGCUGCGGUGGCAGCGGCAGCGUAGGCGGCGUCGGAGGACACGCGGACCUGCACAUGAACUUUGGCAAGCAGGCAGUUUCACAGGAGCGAUACGUAUGGGAGAUGCGCACACGCAGCCCAAACGUGACACCGGCCAGCACUGUGCUCAACUCACCGGAUCUGAAUGCUGAUCUGCAAUAUACGCCGACAUCAUCAUCACCAUCAUCAUCAUCAGGCAUUCGAGCAGAUCAGCAUCACCACCAGCAGCAACAGCAGCAGCAGUCGGCUUAUUAUUACCAACGGCCUCAUCCACAUCAGAUACGCGUCGGUCGCAGCCCGGGCAGCAGUCAGUUUGAGCCAGAGGGCCUGGCGAGUCCCGGCUCGCCAACGGAUGUGGGCAAGGCUGAUGGCCAGUGUCUGCGAGAUGGCGAGAUUGUUGUCUUCGAUGACAUCGACACGAAUUGGAUGAACAAGCCCGCGGUGCUGCCUGCCCCAGAUAGAGGCAGCAAUGAAGAUGUCCUCAAGGUUACAAAGAUGAUUGGGCAGCUGCCCAUUGCCGAUUAUGAGGGUUCGCCGCGUCGGUUUGGCAAUCAGUCGGGCAAAAGUGUUGGCUACCCAAAACGACCGCCCGGCUUUCCGCAACGCGUCUCACCUGCCAAGCAGCGUGCGGAUAAUGAUGUGAUGGGCAGCCUGGCUGGCAAGGCAUCCGUUGGCAAUUUGAUUGAUCUGAUUGAUCAUGAUCAUGGUACGAACGCAACGGCAUCCUCAAAGACGCCCACUUUUGACUAUCUGUACGAGUUCUCUGAGACGCGCAAAGUGCUCGAGGAGUUCUUCAAAGGCAAUCCGGAUGACGAUGAUGACGAGAAGCGCUUUGCCGACUACACAACGGAAAGUGGCGAGGAUGUGGCCAGCUCGGACAACACGACGCAGCCGCGCGUUUGCGAUGUGGAUAAACAUGUCGAGCAAUCUUACAUUGGCCAGCGUCUAGCUAGAAUACCCAAAGACGAACUCUACAUGGUGCACCGUUCGCCAAGGAUGCAGACAAGUGAGCAUAAUGCCUACCAGGAACACAACGACAUCGAGUUGUAUAUUGAUUCGAACAGUCGCAGUAGCGGCGAUCUGGCCGACACUGAACUGGAGGCAAAUCUGCGUCGGCAUUCACGGAACUUUACACUAUCGCCAGAGACGACGGAUUACGAUUCGAAUUGCGGCGAUUUGGACAGUCUCUCAAAUGAUAUCAAUUGUACGACAACCGAUUAUGGUAAGCUCUACACCAGUAUGCCCGUGCUGGAGGAUGGCCUCAGCAGUGGACAUGCCUCGGAUACCGAAAACAAUGUCUCCGUCGUUUGCGACAAGCAACUGCAGCCACAGCAGUCGCAGCAGCAGCAACAACAGCAGCAGCCACAGCAACAACAGCAACCUCAACAGCAACAACAGCAGAUCAUUGACGAACACGAGCACAAUGGUAACAGCGAUAGCGAACGACUGCAAAAUGAAUACAACAGCGUUACAGCAGCAGCAACAGCAGCAACAACAGCAGCAACAACAGCAGUGACAACAGCAACAGCAGCAGCGGCAACAGAUGACUCACAUCCGAUCGAGUUUGUGUUGCCGCCGCAGUUACCCGAAACGCCAUCGAUCACGCCAUCGCCCGAGCAGUGUGCGGAAGAUUUGGAGCCGCAGUUGGCGGUGUCUGCUGAUAGUGACAGUCCCGCAGAAACAGAAACGCACUACGGUCCAGUCUAUGCCGCUGCACCGGCGGCCACAGCAACAACAAUAGCAGCAACAACAGCAGCAGCAACAACAGCAACAGCAGCAACAACAACAGCUGCAGCUGCAGCGCCAGUUGAGAUACAAGAGGCCAUGAAAGAGAUACGCUCCGCUUUGCAGCGCGCUAAAACACAACCCGAUAAGCUCAAGUACUGUGAUGAAGUGCUGCCCCCGGAUCCGGAUUCGCCAGUUUGGGUGCCGCGCAAGAGUGCAACAAUAACAGCAACAGCAACAACAACUACGGCAACGGCAACGCCGGCGAUUCGCCUCGAAGAUGAGGAAGCGGAUACCGAUCUGGAAACGGAUCGGCUGCUGGGUCAGCAGGACUUCUUUGCGGAAAAGACGACAUCAUUGACCGGCACCGCUGACAGCAAUGCGAAUGGCUUGAUCAAUAACAACGGCAGCAGCAGCAUAAAUAUCAGCGACACCAAUAGCAAUCCCAAGCCGCAGACCUAUUCGACGGCAACCAUACGGCAGGGUAUUGGCACUUCGCUGACGGCCAAUUCGCCGGACAUUUGCCAGAUUGUGGGCACCGCGGAUGUGUCACUCAGUUCACCGGAGAAGCUGCAAUAUUCAAAGAGCCCCACGGGCUCCAUCAAAUCGCUCAAGGUCUCGGCCAACACCGAUAAGAAAGCCCAUUCACGCAACAAGGAGGGUUUAUUGGAACCCAAAGUGCUCAUCGAAGGCGUUCUGUUUCGUGCCCGAUAUCUGGGCUCCACGCAGCUAGUGUGCGAGGGUCAGCCGACGAAAUCAACCCGUAUGAUGCAGGCCGAGGAGGCCGUUUCCCGCAUAAAGGCGCCCGAAGGCGAAAGUCAGCCCAGCACCGAGGUGGAUCUGUUCAUAUCAACCGAGAAGAUAAUGGUGCUCAAUACGGACCUCAAGGAGAUUAUGAUGGAUCAUGCACUGCGCACCAUCUCCUACAUAGCGGACAUUGGUGAUCUCGUUGUGUUGAUGGCCCGUCGACGCUUUAUACCCAAUGGUAGUGGCGUUGUCGUCGAUUCCCUCUCAUGUCCCGGCCCGGCUGACACAAUCGAUGGAGAGCCAUUGAAGGAAAUCAGCAAGGAGAGCGGCUCCUCUAACAAGCACAAUCGUACCCCGAAAAUGAUUUGCCAUGUGUUUGAGAGCGAUGAGGCGCAAUUCAUAGCGCAAUCGAUUGGUCAGGCUUUUCAGGUGGCGUACAUGGAGUUCCUUAAGGCCAACGGCAUUGAGAAUGAGAAUCUGGCCAAGGAGAUGGACUACCAGGAGGUACUCAACAGUCAGGAAAUAUUUGGCGACGAGCUCGAGAUCUUCGCCAAAAAGGAACUCCAAAAGGAGGUUGUUGUGCCCAAGGCUAAGGGCGAAAUUCUCGGCGUUGUCAUCGUUGAGAGCGGCUGGGGCUCCAUGCUGCCAACAGUGGUUAUUGCCAAUUUAAUGUCCGGUGGAGCCGCUGCUCGCUGCGGACAAUUAAACAUUGGCGAUCAGUUGAUAGCCAUCAAUGGCAUGAGCCUCGUCGGAUUGCCGCUUUCCACCUGCCAGAGCUACAUACGCAAUGCCAAAAACCAAACUGCCGUCAAGUUCACCGUUGUGCCCUGUCCGCCUGUCGUCGAAGUCAAGAUUUUGCGGCCCAAAGCUCUCUUUCAACUGGGCUUUAGCGUACAAAAUGGAGUGAUCUGCAGCCUUCUGCGUGGCGGCAUUGCUGAACGCGGCGGUGUCCGCGUUGGCCAUCGGAUCAUCGAGAUUAAUAAUCAAAGUGUUGUGGCUGUGCCACACGAUACCAUCGUCAAGCUGUUGUCUUCAUCUGUGGGCGAGAUUUUGAUGAAAACGAUGCCCACGUCCAUGUUUCGUUUGCUCACCGGCCAGGAGACGCCAAUUUAUAUUUAAAUAAUAAUGUCUUAUAUAUGCAUAUAUUAUCAUGCACCUCACAGCACACACUAAGGACUAAGGACACGCAUGUCUGUUGUUGAUCCAGCCGAAUUCUAUACAUUUACUUUAAUUAAGCCAAGCAAUACAAAGUGCGGUCAAACUAUCUGAAAUUAAAACCAAAA